UCGAUUUUCAACCAACCAUCGCCGACCAUUUCCAGCAUUUACGUGCGCUAAAAUAUGAAUUAAAAAUUGAACGAAUAUUUCUCGCAAGCGAGUUACAGCAAAAGCAAGAAAAAUGUCGAUAUUUCGCAACAAAUUAAUUUUAGGUAGCAGUGCAAUCGGCACUCUCUUGGGUGGCAUCGUUUUGUUGAAAGAUCGUAUGCAGGGUGCAGUAUUCGAUAAAAAUGUACGAGCUGAUGGGAAGGUAGUCAUCAUUACCGGAGCAAAUACCGGUAUCGGUAAGGAAACGGCCCAUUAUUUAGCUCGCCGUGGUGCCCAUGUGUACAUGGCGUGUCGGGAUAUGCAGAAAUGUGAACAAGCACGGGAGGAAAUUGUGCUGGAUACGCGGAAUCCACUCGUUUACUGUCGCGAGUGUGACCUGGCAUCGAUGCAAUCGAUCCGGCAGUUUGUGAAGCAAUUCAAAGCAGAACAGCAACGCCUAGACAUUCUCAUCAACAAUGCGGGAGUGAUGCGUUGCCCACGCACGCUUACUAAAGAAGGCAUUGAGUUGCAGCUUGGCGUUAAUCAUAUGGGACAUUUUUUGCUUACUAACUUGCUGCUGGAUACGCUAAAGUUGAGUGCACCCAGUCGUAUCGUGGUCGUAUCUAGCCUGGCCCACACACGCGGUCAAAUAACAUUGGACGAUUUGAACAGCACCAAGUCGUACGAUGAAGCGAAGGCUUACGAGCAAAGCAAACUAGCGAACGUGCUGUUCAUGCGCGAGCUGGCCCAUCGUCUCGAAGGUACGGGUGUGACGGUGAACGCACUCCAUCCGGGCAUCGUCGAUACGGAGCUGAUGCGUCAUAUGGGCAUUUUUAACAGUUGGUUUUCGGGACUGUUUGUACGACCGUUUGUGUGGCCCUUCUUGAAAUCGCCGUUAUACGGCGCACAGACAACAUUAUUUGCGGCUCUCGAUCCGGAUCUGGAAAAGGUUAGCGGACAGUACUUUAGCGACUGUGCACCAAAGGAAGUGGCCGAACAGGCAAAAGACGAUCGUGUAGCGAAAUGGUUGUGGGCCGUAAGUGAGAAGUGGACCGGCACACUGACGGGAACGGCUGCCGUUUCCUGACAGCGGAUCCUUCGUAUGAAUAACAAUAAGGAUAUUGUUAUUUUUACGACAGACCAGCAAGCAUCAACAGCUUCGCAAGCUAACCGAUCAACCGAAGCGGUAUCGGGAUAGAUCAUACGGAUAAUCGUGGAAUCGGAUUUAUGUAAGCUAUAUAGUGUAAUCUAGUCGUCACUGUUCUGUUGGUACGGUUGCUGCUUCUGUCUUUAAUUUACAAUAAACAAAAAUACACAUAAAGUAGUAUGCACAAUUUA